AUGAAGAAAGGAUCUGAAAAGAAAGGAUUGGAUUUUCGCUACCUAAUUGGCUCAAUUCUGAUUGGUGUCUUAGUUUUUCUUCUGGCUGGAUUAUGUCUGUUUCAGGUCAUUAGGAGGACAACAGCAGCAAGUGGUGGGACGGAUUAA